AUGAUCUACUUGAACCCCAACUGCACUGUUUUCGCGAAAUACACUCAUUUGCAAUUCAAUUCGGUUUUCACGAGAGACUCAACUGAAUCUGUCGUUUAUGAUAUUCUACAACUGAAUGUGCUGCACACAGGCCGCCUCAUAUUUCAGUUGGCACGAUUUUCGAGAUAUCGCACGAGUGUGUACCCACUGCUCCACCAACGCACUUUGGACGCAUUUGAAUUUUCACGUCUGAACAGGCGAACGUAUUCACGCUUGAGCCAUGAUCCACCUUUCGUGAUCAAGACUGAAGACGGUUGGACCGGAUACAGUGUAGAAGUGUUUGAGAGGAUAGCGGAUGCUCUCGGUUUGGACUACGUAUACAUUGAACAGUUGGAUCAUAUUUAUGGUGUCAAGCUUCCCAAUGGACAGUGGAAUGGCGUGAUUGGAGAGAUAGCUUCCAAGCAUGCAGACGUCGGUUUGGGUCCGAUCGUUCAAGAUGGUGAACGAAAACUUGUCGUAGACUUUACAAUACCGUAUUACGUAUCGGCUGGCCUGGCUAUGGUAGUCAGUACGAAAACGGAUCAGGAAUUGGGACCGUUCUUUUUCUUGGAAGUCUUCACAGGGCCAGUGUGGAUCUGCUGCAUCAGUGCCGUUGUGUUCGUCAGCCUUCUUGUCUAUGCGCUGGAUCGCUUUUCACCGUACAGUUUUCAAAACCAGGCUCUGAAAGACAAUGGUGCAUCAGAAGCUGGCACCAUGUUCACUCUCAAAGAGUCCGUAUGGUAUGUGUUGGGGGCAUGUACUCAACAAGCACUGACUAUUCUCAUUUAUUUCAUCAGGCCAGUGUGGAUCUGCUGCAUCAGUGCCGUUGUGUUCGUCAGCCUUCUUGUCUAUGCGCUGGAUCGCUUUUCACCGUACAGUUUUCAAAACCAGGCUCUGAAAGACAAUGGUGCAUCAGAAGCUGGCACCAUGUUCACUCUCAAAGAGUCCGUAUGGUAUGUGUUGGGGGCAUGUACUCAACAAGGAGAAAGUCUCGACCCACGCUCCACCUCGACUAGAAUCCUAAUCACCGGCCACUGGAUUUUCGUUGUCAUAAUGGUGUCUAUGUUCUCCGCCAAUCUAUCCGCCAAGCUCACCGUCUCGGGUUUGAAAGAGGAAAUCAAAUCAUUGGAACAACUCGCCGGCCAGACAGAAGUGAAGUACACCCUUCGAAGUAACUCGGCGGAAUACGCUUUCUUCCGCAAAAUGUAUGGGGUCGAGGAAUCUCUGUUCAGAAUCUGGAGAUAUUUGUCUUCCAACUUGACUGAAUUCAGCUCCAACUACUCGGUGUGGCAAUACCCCAUCACUGAACGUUACGGUACAAUCUUCAAACGAAUGGAGGAAUGGGGCUUUACCCACGAUACUGUGGAUUCACUGGACCAUGUGCGGAAAGGUUGGGUUGUGUUCAUGGAAUCAUCUUUGGCUGCCUAUCACAUUGCUUCUGCGUGCGACUUGAAGGAGCUUGGUGAACGAAUUGGAAGCUGGGAUUACGGGAUUGCGUUGCCAUUAAAGUCGUUUCUUACUCCCAAUAUGAACAGCAUGAUACUCCAUUUGAAAGCGGAGAAUAUUCUGGAUGACUUGGAACAUAAAUGGUGGUCUGCCAACACCACAGGCUGCCCCGAACCAAGUACGAGCAUCGGGUUCGGGCUGGAACAAGUGGGUGGUAUGUUCAUAAUUUUGGCUUGCGGAUUUCUCUCUGCGGCACUCAUCCUGGGCAUGGAAUUAUUGUUCUAUCGUGUCAUUAUGAAGCGACUGCGGAAGGGAAACAAAACUGCCCCAAUGGAAGAAGAGAAGCCAGCAGACAAGAUGAAUGCACGCGGAGAACAAGGUGGUCUCCCACCGCCCGCUCUUGUGGUGACACCGCCAGACUGUGUCAACGUCAACGAUGACUCAGGCGCACCACCGCCGUAUGCGCAAAAUCCAUGA